UAUAGGCAAAAUAAAAAUAAAAUAAAAUGACGUGAUAUUAUGAGGGUGACCUAAUGUAUGUAUCUGAAAUGCUAGUGUUUCGCAUAGCUUCUUAUUCUUCUCUGUUUCUGCUUCGGCUCUGUUAGGUUUUCCUUCCGCGCGUUCAUCCGCAAGACUCCUCCACCCUUCGCUUAAAAUGUCUGAUAUGGAUGAGUAUCGUUGCUUUAUUGGUGGCCUUGCAUGGUCAACAUCUGAUAGAAAGUUAAAGGAUACAUUUGAAAAGUUUGGCAAGCUUGUUGAGGCAAAGGUGGUUGUUGACAAGUUCUCUGGGCGUUCUCGAGGUUUUGGAUUUGUCACAUUUGAUGACAAGAAAGCAAUGGAAGAUGCUAUUGAUGCUAUGAAUGGGAUGGAUUUAGAUGGGCGAACUAUUACUGUUGAUAGAGCUCAGCCUCAACAAGGAUCAAGUAGAGAUGACGGGGGUGAUCGCUACCGUGAUCGUGGUCGUGAUCGUGGCCGUGAUCGAGAUUAUGGAGGUGGAGGUGGAGGUGGUCGAGGAUCUAAUGGUGGUGAAUGCUUUAAGUGUGGAAAACCUGGUCAUUUUGCUAGGGAAUGCCCUGGUGAAGGGUCCAGGGGGGGAAGGUAUGGUGGUAGGGAAAAUAGAUAUGGUGGAAGCAGCGGUGGUGGUCACUAUGGUCCGGAUAGAAAUGCAGAUCGUUCUUCAGGGGGACGCAACAGGGAUGCUGGUAGUCAUGGAGAUUCUGGAAAUGAUCGAUAUUACCGUGAUCGUGCAGGACCGUAUGAGCGACGGGGAUCAGGAGGCUUUCGUUGAUACAGUUUAAUCCUUUUAUUGAGCUUUGAAAUUGAAGAGGUCGCUUUUAAUGCUUCAGCUUUCUUUUUCAUUCGCACUUCACAAUGCUCUGGACAUCUGGGAUUGUUGUUUGGAUGGAUCAAUGAUACCAGUAUUUAGAUAUGCAAUACUCAGCACAUUUUGCAAACUCUUUAUGUUCCUAAAUGCUGAUCUUUUGGUCUAGUGAAAACUUAUGCAUGCUUGACUUGCGGUCAAAUUCGAUGUUGUGCUCUAUGCUAUCUAUAAUUGCCGCUGGGUAUCUUGUGAAUUGUGACUUUCAUGCAUGGGGAGUUGCAUUUGACAUAUUUGCUGCUGGAUUACCGAUUCAGUUUAAGACGUAUUGGAAAGUUUUGUUGGUGUUGGAUGUGUGGGUUUUGGAAAGACCAAGAUGGCGAUCCAAAUGUGGAGUUUUGCUUCUUCUCAUUGGGAGAAGGAAGUUUUAAAAGUAGAAUGCCCAUUUGGCUUUCCCGUCUCAGGAUCUUUGAGUAAAAAGUAGUCAAGCGGGUAAAUCAUUGAAUAUUUAUCUCGUACACCUACUUUCUUAUUUCCUAGAUUUCUGCUUUGGCCUGCGCUUUAUUAAUGUUAUUGACCUUUUGGCAGGAUUCUUGGCUAAAUGUGGUCUUUUUGGAUUCAUCAUUGGGUUCUUUUGUUGCUAAUUGGACAUGCAUGGUUUUUAAAACUUAAAAAAUCUUUUCAGCUGCAAAUGGCCAGCCUACAAUUGCACUCAAAUAUGCAUAGCACUCUUGUUUUCUUCACGGGGCACUGAUGGAAGGGGGUUCCAUUUUCUAUGAUUGUGGCACAUUGUUUGGAAGAUCUUGAUGAGUUGAGCAACUACGAUCCAUUGCAUUUUUUACGUUGUUGCUCUAUUUGGUGGAAGAUUGCUCUCAUCGAACUUUUUACCUGCCUGCAUGUGAUGUUUUGUUUGCUGAGAUCUGGUUUGUCUUACCAUAAAGAGAUAGUGAAACCCGCGUAUGGUCCCAAAUUUGAAUUCUCUUCAAUCACAAGGGUUGGGCUCACUAAUAUCAGAUUUGACAUUGCCGCCUUACUUAAUCUUCGCACUAUGAUUAUGAAAGGAAAUUGAUUGUGUUUACCCCUAGAAAUUUAUAAUUCAACUAUCAUAUUCUGUGCUAAAAGUUUGUUGAUGUUUCAAUAUCUGUUGUCAUGUUAAAUGCCAAACCCAUAUGUUUCUA